AUGCCUUUAUUUGGACUUGGUACUUCUCAUCAGGGAGGAUAUUCUCAUGAGGCAGUUGUGUAUGCACUCACACAGUGUGGGGUGCGUCACAUUGACACAGCAGAGCGCUAUGGCUGUGAGGAACAACUGGGAAGAGCUAUUAAAGAGAGUAUGGUGUCUCGAGAAGACCUGUGGAUCACUAAUAAACUAUGGCCAGAUAACUAUGGCUUCAGCACAGCAAAGAAAGCCUGCCUCAGAUCAUGCUCAAUAAUGGGCCUGGAGUAUUUUGAUUUGUAUCUGAUGCACUGGCCAGGGAACUUUGAAAGCCGUGUCUCUAACAGGGAGGCGAGAGCUGAGACGUGGCGGGCGUUAGAAGAGCUUUACAAAGAAGGAAUUUGCAAAGCCAUUGGAGUGAGCAACUUCUUGGUCCAUCACUUGGAACAGCUAAAAGAGGACUCCAGUGGCGUGAUACCGCACGUCAAUCAGAUGGAGUAUCACCCGUACCAGCAGUCAUCCACAGUCAUGGAGUACUGUCAAAAGGAGGGCAUUGUGUUUGAGGGGUACUGUCCUCUGGCUAAGGGUCAGCUCCUCGACGAGCCCAAGGUGCUCCACAUGGCAGAAAAGCACAGGCGCACUCCUGCACAGAUCUGCAUCCGCUGGAGCCUCCAGAAUGGAGUCGUUACAAUACCAAAAUCAACCAAAAUUCAAAGAGUUCGAGAAAACUGCCAAGUUUUUGACUUUCAACUGGACAAAACAGACAUGGAAGCAUUAAGCAAAAUGCAUGAUGGAAGACAUGUGACAUGGGAUCCAUCGAAUAUUCAGUGA